AUGGUUUUGGGCUAUUUUCCAAAACCAUUCGGGGAAUUUAACGCAAGCUUUAUUGCCGAUUACGUUUUUGUAAUAAAUAUAUUUGGAAAACCCCGUACAAUUAUUAAAGCAUAUCGGUAUACGGGGGUUAACGGCAUAAUUUUAAUAUGCUUAACAACCAAAAUAGCGGCUAUAAAAUACCGUACGUUCCGUAUAAUUGUUUUUAAAAAAGGGCAAAUAAAUAAGGUUUUAAUUAUUGCUUUAUUGGAAAUCGAUAAUUUUUUGCAACGGGAGCGCGUUGCGGAUAUUUAUAUAAAGCAAAGAAAAAGCAAUCGAUUAAAUACCGAUUAUUUACAAUUACAAUCGUUAAAAUUGUUGGAAUAA